AUAUAUUGCAGUCUUUCUUUGAAGAACGGUUUGCAGUCCUUUGAAGACCGCUAUCCCACUCUAAAAUAAACCUCUUUCAUCAAUGGCCAUCACCACCACAACCACCAGCAAACCAAGACCACCUGCAAAAAUGAUGAAAACAAAGAGUGCUCCAUCAACAACAACAACAACAACAACAACAUCAUCAUCAUCAUCAUUAUUGAUGAAGAAGAGCAUAACACUGCACCAAAUCCAUGAGUUCUGGCAAAGAAAAAGAUUAGAAGAAGAAGAACAUCUGGUUGCAGCCCAGAAAUCAGCUGCCAGAAUCAGAGCUCGUUCUCUCACUGAGAGAGAAUACAAGAUGUUUGAAGAGAGGUUGAUGAGGAGUACUUUUGGAGAUGAAGAUGAAAAAGAAGAGGAUGCUGAUGCUGAUGCCGAUCACUACAAAGACUUGCCGCCCGUAAUUAAAGAUUGGUGGACUAAGAGUAAAUAUGCAUAUUUAAAUCAGCCAGCAAUCAAAUACAUGGAGAAGAAUGCAUUGCCAAGAAGAACAACUUCAGGAUAUACUCCACAAGACAUUUGUUGCUACUUUUCAACCAAGAAGCAUCAACAAUUCAUCAUCUCAUCACUUGGGGUUCAUUAGAUUGUGUUGCACUUUUGGUCCCAAUAAAUAUGUUCACCAAAGAUGCAUUGUCUCUUUGAAAACACUUGUUAUUUAUGCUGGUUAUUAUGCUCAAUCUUGUAAUAUUUAAUGUUGAUUUGAACUUAAUCUUAUGAACUUAAUCUUAUUUAUAAAAGAAAAUGGUCAUUUCCAUCAA